AUGGUAACAAAAAAAAAUGUGAGUCAUGAAAAAAUAAUUUCACCUGUCAUUAGUAAAUUGGAUAUUAAGCCAGUUAAAAUAAAAAAUUUAUAUGAAUUAAAUAAAGAGUUAAAGAAUAAAAUUUAUACAAACAUAUACUCCUAUAACACAUUAUGUGAUGGCAUAUUUAUAUGUAGAGGUAUUAACGGAAUAACAGGUACAAAAAACAGUGGAAAGACUAGUUUAAGUUCACACAUUUCUGUAAACUUAUAUUUUAAUGAUCUAUUACAUUUUUUUCAUCUUUUUUAUUCUACAUAUUUUGCUUUUGAAAAUUUUUUAAAAAAUAGAAACAUAGAAAUUAAGUUUUUCUUACAAUCAGGAAAUAAUUUAAAUAAAAUAAAAAAAGAAUUUAAUAGUAGUAAUAAAACCUUUUAUGAAUUAAAUGAAUUAAUCAAAUAUUUUACAUUAUUAUUUAUAGAAAAAUAUGAUAAAAAAAUAGAUGGAAGUGAAUUUUAUUUAAAUAAUAAUAAAAAAGUGAAUGAAAGCAGUAACUUGUUUUCUAAAAGAAAAGUUAUUUAUUUAGAUUUAGAUAACAGUUUUUACAUCGAAAGAUACAAAAAUAUGAUUUAUUCUUCAAUCGAUAAAAUAAAAAAAUUAAUGAAUACGUAUAUGGGUUUUUGUUCUGAAAGACACUCCUUUUUGUUUUUGUUACUUUUAGAAAAUAAUGAUUUAAAAAAAAAUUUGUUCCAUAUAUACAAAAAUUAUAGUAAUGAAUAUUUUCUAUUUAUAAAUUUAUUUAAUCAUUAUUUAAAAAAAUAUAUAUAUGAUAUCACCUUUUUAGACGUAUUCAAAAAUUUACAAAUUUUAAAAAUUUUUAGCUUUAAUGAACUAAUUAAUGUAGUUAAUUACAUUUAUCAGCAAUUACAAAAUUAUUCUGUUAGGUCAACUAAUUAUUUCAAUAAAUAUGUUUCAUCAGAUUUGGGCAUUUUAGUUGUUGAUAACUUAAAUUAUUUAUAUAAAAGUUAUGAAUUUAAUCAUGAUUUAAAUAAUGAACUAAUAAAUUUAUUAAAAAUAUUAUCAAAAAUAUCUACAAAAUAUAAAAUUUGUGUUUUAAUAACAAAUAAUGAAAAUAAAUAUUUAAAAAAAUAUGAUAAAUAUUUCAACAAGAUUUAUUCAAAGUAUAUAUAUAACCGUAUAGUUGUAAGAUUUAUAAACAAAAAAUUUUUUUUUGAAUAUAAUUAUUCUGCUAAAAAGCAAAAACAAUUUCAGAAUAAAAGCAUCACAAAUAGUUCAAGCGAAGAGAGUUUUUAUGAAAUAGGAGAAAAUGAUGAAGAAACUUUCUAUGAAAAAAGAUACAACCUAAGAUAUAUAAAAGUUAAAAAGAAAAAUAAAAUAAAUAUUUGUUCUUUUGAAAUAAAUGAACAUGGAGUUCAAACUUUAUUAGACUAA